AGCUCCCACUCAUUUCUGUCAUGAUCGACCUGUCAACAUGCAACGAUGCGCGCACACACAUACGCGCACCCGCACGCGCACACACAUACACGCACACGCGCACACGGCAGUACACUAACUUUUACAGAAAGCUGGUCACUGGGGCAUUUUGGAUGUCGUCACAUAACCAAGGUCUGUGAUGUAGAAAUGCAAUGUUGAUAAGAGAGAUCAGAGGAGAAUGGCUUAUCUGGUUUGACCUAGCAGGAAAGUUAAGACUGAUAUUUGAUGUCAAAACAGUCCUGCUGAGCUGGUGAUGUGCUCUGUGUAGACACCUCCUUAACUCUGCGAGCAUCUUUGUCUCAGCUGGGCCUCAAGCAACAUGCAGGGGGACACUUCACGAGUCCUGGCUGCAACGUUCCUACUUUACUGGAUUCCACCUUGUGCGUGUGACUCCGCACCAGAACGACCCAAACUCACAGGUUGUCGAUCUCCAGAUAAAGAGACCUUUAGCUGCUGGUGGGAACCUGGCUCAACUGGUGAACUGCCAACUACUCACCGUCUUUUCUACAGAAAAGAGAGAUCCGAAGAGGUCUUUGAAUGUCCAGACUACCACAGUGCAGGGAACAACUCAUGUUUCUUUGACAAAGCCCACACAUCGAUAUGGAUCUUUUAUAACAUCACAGUCAUGGCCUCUAAUAGCUACGGCAACACCUUUUCUGAGCCAGUAGAAGUGGACGUUGUGGACAUUGUCCAGCCUCACUCGCCAGAAAACAUGACUUUGUCUCUGAUGGGAGUGAAGGACCAACCAUAUUUUCUGGUGAAAUGGGAGGCACCACAUGACAUUGACACUCAUUCAGGCUGGGUUACUCUCAAAUAUGAAGUGCGAGUAAAACAGGAGCAUGGUGGACAAAAGCAAGUCAGUGAUUGGGAGAUGUACCGUGUGGGUAAGCAAAAGGAACUGAGUAUCUUCAGUCCCAAACCUGGAGGAAAUUAUACUGUACAAGUGCGGUGUAAACUAGACGAAGGCCUGUGGAGUGAGUGGAAUUCUCCGAUGUUCAUCCAAAUGCCAUACAACUCAGAAAAAAAGAAGCCAGUUUUGACCUUCAUAGCUAUUAUUUGUGCCUUCAUUGCGUUGGUCACUGUUGGAAUAUUAACAGCCAAAAGAAAACAUGUUAAGCAUUUCUUACUUCCCCCUGUUCCAGGACCAAAGAUCAAAGGCUUUGAUGGCCAACUUUUAAAGACAGAAAAGCCAGAGGAUGUAUUUAGUACCUUCAACUUGCAGAGCAUCCAUCCAGUGUCAGAGUGUCUGGGGCAGUUGGAGUAUAUUGUGGUGCUUGACAGCGAGGAAGAAAGUGAGAACCCUGGAAGUAAAGCUUGUGCGGAACGACAAACAACAGCUCAAAAUACAUCUGAUCAGCGGGCACGGAAUAAGCUUAACCUUACCGAUCACAGUGGAAAAGGGAAAUUACCAGCUCCUGCAUACAACUGUCAAGAUUCUGAUCCUGAAUCUACAGCUUUAAACACAUGUAUGCUUCAUCAUAAACAUGACAUUUACCAAAAUGGCCCUUGUGUCAUAUUUCACAAAAACAUGGCUUUGAGCUCACAGACAGACAGUGUUGAGCAGAAUGAAGUCACUUCAGCUGAACUGACGGAGUGUGUUGAACAAAAGCAGAGGGAGAACUGUAAGCAGGAGCUCACAACAGAACAAGAGGAAGACUACAGUAAAGUCAGUGGGAUUUACAGCGAAACUGUCCUUGUGAUUCAAAAAGACAGCAGCCCUGUUCAGAGACACAAAAUGAGGAGCAAUGAUGAUCCGAGCAAAGAAAUCAAGCUUCAAUUCACUUCCACAUUUAAGGAUCUAACAGGUAAUCAGGAUUACGUGGCUACAUUGUAGGAUUUUCAAUCAAGUUUUCAAUGGGGAAAUCUGAGAUUGGGCCUAUGAUCAAAAUUCAGACACGUGUUACGUACAUCUCAGACCUCUGUGAACGUUUCUCUGCAUCGUUACUAUUAAUACAAACAGUACUGAUCCCUGUACAUUGAUUGGACUGAUUUAUUUAUUAAAAAGUCUGGCAUGACUGCUUUUAAACAGCAGAAAUAUUUAUAUCAAUGUUCUUUGUACUCAAUUAUGCAAAUGAACAGUUACAAGGUUAAAUUCACUUCAUGUCUUGUGAGGAUAAAGUGUAAAAAAUUAACUUGUGAAGGAUACAAAAUGGUAUAAAGUUGAACGAAUGCAAACCGUAUUUACAAAACCUACAGAACACCAGUUAGCAAAUCAGCACUUAACAUUGUCAGUUUAAAACUAAGUUCUAAAUAAAAAACUGUUAGUCAUGCCUCAAAUCCGAAGGUGUUCAGACAGUAGUAUUACCAAUUGUAAUUUAAAUCACAGGUUUAUAUGAAUGUGUUUGUUCUCACACAAUAAUAAGUUCUCAUAAAAUCACAAGAAUAACACAAACUAAAAACAAAAUAAAAACAUGCUGUUAUUUAGCAAAGAUAAAGGUCUAAUUGUUAUCGAUAUGGUGGAGGAGGUGAUUAUUGAAUAUUUAUGGAAGGACUCAGGUGUCAGUGCUUGGCAACGGUGCACUUUGUUUUUGGCAUCACAAGCAGAGUGUUUUGUUUUUUGUGUUAUUACCUUUAAUAGGAACAAAAAGGGAGGCUGAGAAAAGAUUGACUUUAUAACUGCAGUACCAUAAGUGACAACGGGAACUAAAUUAUCUUGCAGAUGUACCACAUUAAAUGAACUUUACAACAUUAAAUAUAACAAUUCACUGAUAAAAUGUAUGACAUAUGGUUUUAAAUAAACAGCAUAUAAAUA